AUGAGGCGUGCACGUCCUCUCCGCUUUUACUUAUACACUGAGAAAGGCACUGAUAUUAAAUACUUCCAUUGCCCGAUAACUAAUGAAGUUGUAUGGCGGCCACCUCAAGAUGCAGAGAUUUUUGAUCCAAUUACCUGUAAAAAAAUAUAUUUUGACGUUACUCAAAUAACUAUUCCAGAAAAGAUAUCUAAGCCUCCAGUUGUAACAGAUUUCGAAUUUAUUCCUUCUAACUCAGCAAACAGAAAGAGCUCUUUACCAAAUUUAAUUCAAAAUUUCAAUAUCGAUAUACAAAAAACAAGAAAAUCUACUCUCGUUAGACUUGGAUGCCCUAAUAAUCCAGGAAAUGCAUCUUCUUCAUCUGAUUCUCUACCUUUCUAUUUCCCUUCUUCAAUCAAAAAAGAUUUAUUGAGCAUUGACAUUAGAAAGUUCGCAACUGAGAACUUUAACACACGUUUCCGUGGCGGAUUCUUCAGUAAGAAAGAGAUAGCUCCAGAUGAGUUAUUAGUUUACGAUAUGGAUACAUCAAUCCUUCCAAUUCUCAAAGCAACUCCGCAGUUACUUCAAAACAAAUGUGUUGAAAUGUUCAAUUUCAUUGUGAAUUAUUGCAAGCAACUUCCAAAAUUUCUACCAAGUCAUUUUGUUCAGCAACUCUUCAGUGAAUUAACAUUAGUUGAUGAAACAUACGUAUAUCUUCUAAAAUUAUUGCGAAAUAACCCAAAUACCGAUCAUAUUCCAAAAAUUUGGGAGUUAAUCUUAGUAAUUUCAACAUUUUUCCCUCCAUCAGCGAGCAUUCAACCAGUUGUUAAACACAUAAUUGCAGAAAAUGCAAUGGGAACUAAAGCAGGCAUCAAUACAAUAGCGAAAAUUGCUUACAUCAGAUUAACUGCAAGAAUUGAAUCACAGGAGAUAUUCCCAAUGCAACCAGUUCAUUGGAUUGACCUCAUACCAACUCAUGUCUCUCAAGAUAAUUUCAUUUUCGGCGCUCCAUUGCUUGAAUUAGUCUUCUCGCAGAGAAGGUCAUCACCAAAGUGCACGAUCCCUCUAUUCAUGCACAGAUACAUCCAUGAGAUGUGGAAGGCAGGCAUUCAAAAGAUGGAAGGCGUUUUCAGAUUUCCAGGUAACAAAGUUCAAAUGGAUUUGAUGGUCGAAGAAAUAAACACUGGAAGAGACUCUUAUAAAGAUGCUGAAAUAAUGGAUAUGGCAAGCGUAUUUAAGAGAUGGCUUGCAGAAAUUCCGGAUCCAAUUGUUCCAAUGGCAAAAUAUAAUAAAUUAAAGGAAGCAAUCAAGAAUAAAAAGAUCAUUGAGUUCGUUGAAACUCUUCCAAAAGUUAACCAUGAUACAUUAGGAUAUUUGACCGGAUUCCUUAAGGAAUUCGUUAAAUUCGAGAGUGAAACAAAAAUGGGAAUCUUACAGUGUGGAAUGUUGUUUGGUGCAAACGUUGUUAGAUGCUCUGCAAAUGAUGUCAACGAAUUAAAGUUGUGUGCAACUCUUGGCAAGGACUUUAUGUGCGAGUUGAUCGAAAAAUGGGAUACUUCAUUCAUUUAUCCAUUGCCUGUUGAAUUUAUCACAUAA